AUGAAGAGGAAGACGAACCAGCGCCAACGAGCGUGGAAGAUCAAAAUCCUACACCCGAUGACUGAAUGGAUGCAGGAGAAACAGAGGAUAGUCGAAGAGGCGCCAAGUGCACUCAUCGUUGGGGGUGGUGCUUUGGGUAUUCACCUGACCCUGCUCGCCAACCGUAGGACCAUCUCUACCUCUUGCUUGCGUUGCCUUUUCCAUAUGUGCUUCCUAGUGACACGUUUCACGAUGCUGGGGCGGGGAGGGAAGAUGUACGCUACAGACUCAAAUGACAUGGACGCGCUCACCUUCAACGCGCCCACUGGCAUCUUGUUCCGAUAUUUAACUUUCUCAGAGGCGAAGAAGCAGCCUAUCAGCGAGAUAAAUCUUAAGGAGGCCUUUGAAGUGCUUGUCAUGAACAUGAGUCAAUUGUUUGAUCAAUGUAUCCCCCUUGGACGCGACUACCUCGAGCCCAUCAAAGACGUCGGUCCGAAAUUCGCACUCAAGCUGAUACGUGAGUAUGGAGCGUCGUGAAGCGCUUGAGAGAAAAAUCCACCAUACAAAAAGCAGCUCAGGCUACCGUCGACUCGGACGAAGAGUCCGAGCAUGAAGAGGAAGACGAACCAGCGCCAACGAGCGUGGAAGCUCAAAGUCCUACACCCGAUGACUCCAACGGGGGUAAAGUACAGAGGCCUUAAAGUCGAGGGUAUUGAAUGGAUGCAGGAGAAACAGAGGAUAGUCGAAGAGGCGCCAAGUGCACUCGUCGUUGGGGGUGGUGCUUUGGGUAUUCCUGAAAACGAGAAAUGUGGCCUGUAAGCUCUACUCAACCCCUAGCUGCGCCCUUCCCACCGCCAUGCCAUCUCUCCCUCUCCACCACGAACAUCGCACCGCGUAUCGUCACCAGCGUCCACGUGUCUUCCUCCACAGGCGUCGACGUAGCAUCCGCUUUCUUCGUCGGGACAUACGGCCGUGGCCACUGCGAACUCCCCGUCGUACUAGGAACACCAGCAGCUGGAGCCGUAGUGGUUUCAGGUGACGCAGUGGUGGGAGCUACAGGACUAGCGGAGGCUACUGCUGCUGGGGAAGGGAUGAUGGGAGCAGCGGGGGCAGGCUUGGGUUUAGGCAUACCGUUGGCAGCUGCUGCGUUUGCUGCGUUCAUCCAUGCGUACUUUCCACCUAGGCCUGCUGCUUGUGUUGCUACGGCAUUGUACAUUUUCUUGCACAUAUUAUAUUUCUAGGGAUUACUUACGCUUUACUGCUACAUACUAAUGCUACCUGAAAAGUG